UCUACGGAGGCCGGGCCGGAGACUGGGCUGGGGCCGGGCAUGAAGCCGGGCGGCGGUCGGAACGCGGGUGGCGGCGGCGGCGGUGGCAAUGAGCGACAUAGUGGAAAAGACGCUGACGGCGCUGCCGGGACUCUUCUUGCAGAACCAGUCGGUUGGCGGGCCAGCGGGAGUCAAGGCGUCCUUCUCCUCGCGGCUGGGCAACCUCGUCCGCGGCAUCACCGCGCUAACCUCCAAGCACGAGGAAGAGAAACUAAUCCAGCAGGAACUGAGUAACCUGAAAGCAACUGUUUCUGCUCCUACUACAACACUGAAAAUGAUGAAGGAAUGUAUGGUGAGACUUAUAUAUUGUGAAAUGCUUGGAUACGAUGCUUCCUUUGGCUACAUACAUGCGAUCAAGUUGGCACAACAAGGAAACCUUUUAGAAAAAAGAGUAGGUUAUUUGGCUGUUUCUUUAUUUCUACAUGAAAGUCAUGAACUGUUGCUUCUCCUUGUGAAUACAGUUGUAAAGGACUUGCAGAGCACUAACCUGGUAGAAGUAUGCAUGGCACUCACUGUCGUCAGCCAGAUAUUCCCUCGAGAAAUGAUCCCCGCUGUUCUGCCACUAAUUGAAGAUAAACUCCAACAUUCUAAGGAGAUUAUACGAAGAAAAGCUGUUCUGGCAUUAUAUAAGUUCCAUCUCAUUGCUCCUAAUCAAGUACAGCAUAUCCAUAUUAAGUUUCGGAAAGCACUUUGUGACAGAGAUGUUGGGGUCAUGGCUGCUUCUUUGCACAUAUACUUUAGGAUGAUUAAGGAGAAUUCAUCUGGAUAUAAAGACCUGACGGGGAGUUUUGUAACAAUUUUGAAGCAAGUGGUUGGAGGAAAGCUCCCAGUAGAUUUCAAUUACCAUAGUGUGCCAGCACCAUGGUUACAAAUCCAGCUCUUGAGAAUAUUAGGGCUUCUAGGAAAAGACGAUCAAAGGACAAGUGAAUUAAUGUAUGAUGUUCUUGAUGAAUCCUUACGAAGAGCCGAGUUAAAUCACAAUGUCACAUAUGGUAAUAUAUGCACAUGGUUCAAAAUUCAAAAGGUGCAAAAAGCUAUUCUGUUUGAAUGUGUGCAUACAGUUUAUUCUAUUUAUCCUAAGUCAGAAUUACUUGAGAAGGCUGCCAAGUGCAUUGGAAAAUUUGUUCUAUCACCUAAAAUAAAUCUCAAAUAUUUAGGGCUGAAGGCUCUUACCUAUGUUAUCCAGCAGGACCCCACUCUGGCUCUUCAGCACCAGAUGACAAUAAUUGAAUGCUUAGAUCAUCCUGAUCCCAUUAUUAAAAGAGAGACUCUGGAACUUCUUUACAGAAUUACUAAUGCACAGAAUAUAACUGUGAUUGUCCAGAAAAUGCUUGAAUAUUUACAACAGAGCAAAGAAGAGUAUAUUAUCGUCAAUUUGGUUGGUAAAAUAGCUGAGCUCGCUGAGAAAUAUGCCCCGGACAAUGCGUGGUUUAUUCAGACAAUGAAUGCUGUGUUUUCAGUGGGAGGAGAUGUCAUGCAUCCUGAUAUUCCCAAUAACUUUCUGAGACUGCUAGCAGAAGGUUUUGAUGAUGAAACAGAAGAUCAACAAUUAAGGCUCUAUGCAGUUCAGUCUUAUCUCACUUUAUUAGAUGCAGAAAAUGUGUUCUAUCCACAGAAGUUUCUUCAAGUUAUGAGUUGGGUGUUAGGGGAGUAUGCCUACCUCUUAGAUAAGGAGACGCCAGAGGAAGUUAUAACCAAGCUCUACAAGCUACUUACGAGUGACUUGGUUUCUUCAGAAACAAAAGCCUGGUUACUUGCAGCUGUUACCAAGUUGACACCCCGAGCACACUCUUCUAAUGUAGUGGAGAGAUUAAUUCAGGAAUUCACCGUAUCUUUGGAUACUUGUAUGAGACAGCAUGCUUUUGAAUUAAAACACUUACGUGAGAAUGUGGAACUUAUGAAGAGCUUGCUUCCAGUUGAUAAGAGCUGUGAAGACUUGGUGGUAGAUACUUCCUUAUCUUUUCUGGAUGGCUUUGUGGCUGAAGAACUCAGUCAGGGGGCAGCACCUUACAAACCUCACCACCAACGGCAGGAGGAAAAGCUUUCUCAGGAAAAAGUUCUCAAUUUUGAACCAUAUGGACUUUCCUUUUCUUCAUCUGGCUUCACUGGACGACAGUCUCCUGCUGGCAUUUCUCUUGGUUCAGAUGUAUCUGGGAAUAGUGCAGAGACUGCGCUGAAAGAGACAAAUAGCUUGAAGCUGGACGGUAUAAAGAAAUUGUGGGGGAAAGAGGGCUAUCUUCCCAAGAAGGAAGGCAAAGCUGGGGAUGAAACUGAAGCUCCGCCUGUUCCUCAAGAGAGUAUAAUAAUGGAGAGUGUAGACCAAACUAUAGUUAAAAAGGAUCAGUCUCAAGUCCUUACCCAAUCUAAAGAGGAGAAAGAAAAGCAGCUGCUUGCAUCAUCACUAUUUGUUGGGCUAGGAUCAGAAAGUACAAUCAAUUUGCUAGGAAAAGCAGAUACCGUAUCUCACAAGUUCAGAAGGAAAUCAAAAGUCAAGGAAACCAAAAGUGGAGAAACAACCAGUACUCAGAAUAUGCCCUGUUCUUACUUUAGCUCUUCAUCAGAUGUGACAUAUGAAGAUGACUAUUAUUUGGAUACUUUGCAGGAUAGAGGAGACAAAGAAUUAAAUAAGUUUUCUCUCAGCUCAGAACUUUUGGAUUCUGAGUCACUCACAGAACUGCCCUCGGCUGAGAAACUCUCCAGCUGCACAGAGUCCACACCUUCUUUGUUCACUGAUAACAUGGAAGGUCUUCACACUCCGUCCACUGUAGCCUCAGUUGCUAAUGAAAUCUCUUUAGCUUCUUCUUUGUUGGAAGAAACCUCUGAACACAUGCAUUCAGAUCUUGUGGAGGUCUGUGAUAAUGAAACCAUAUCAGUGUCUUCCUACAAAAUUUGGAAAGAUGACUGUUUAAUGGUCACCUGGUCAGUUUCUAGUAAGAGUGGUUUGGAAUUGAAAAGUGCUAACUUAGAAAUUUCUCCUACAGAAAAUUUCAAGAUCACUGAGCAACCUGGAUGCUGCUUGCCUGUAAUAGAAACAGAAAGCAUCAAAACCUUUCAAUAUAGUGUGCAAAUGGAGAAACCUUUUACAGAAGGGAAUCUUUCUGGUUUUAUAAAUUAUCAAAUGAUGGAUACUCAUUCUGUUCAGCUUGAAUUUUCUGUAAACUUAUCACUAUUAGAUUUCAUUAGACCAUUGAAGAUCUCAACUGAAAACUUUGGCAGCCUCUGGUUAUCCUUCGCAAAUGAUGUGAAGCAAAAUGUAAAAAUGUCAGAAUCUCAAGCUGCUCUGCCUUCUGCCCUAAAGACCCUGCAACAGAAACUAAGACUUCAUGUUGUUGAAAUUAUAGGCAAUGAAGGGCUUCUGGCCUGUCAGCUGCUCCCAUCCAUCCCCUGCUUGGUACAUUUUCGAGUUCAUGGUGAUGUAUUAGCCCUGUGGUUCCGAUCCUCCUGUUCUACUCUUCCUGACUACUUACUGUAUCAGUGUCAAAAGGUGAUGGAGGAAUCCUAGCAGAAGCUCUGCUUUUAUUUUACUCCAUCCAAAUAAAUGGUUUACAUAGCUAAACUUAUUUUACCAAAGUAAAAAGAACUCAUGGUACUUCUAAUGAAAAUGGGGAUUAUUACAA